ACCCAUGGGCCAAGGCGAUUACGAAGAAGGAGAAGGAGGAGGAGAAGGAGAAGGCGAAGAAGUCCCCGACUGGCGAACCCAAGCUCCCUAUGGUUCCGGAAUCCGGCGAAAGCGAGUAGCUUUUAUCCCAGCCUCCGACUCACCCGAUUUCGAAACCGUCGCCCCAAAGCCGUCGAAGCUAACCGGUAGUGAAGCCUCAUCGCUCUACCUCUCGCUGGUAGGCUUAAACUCGAAAACACCAUCCGCAUCCACCUCGACGGCAGUUUCCUCCCCAUCGUCGGGUCCCGAGCCGUCAAAUUCCCCCAGAGAUGUGCCCGUCUGUGAGAUCUGCUCACUACCAAUCACGGACGAACACACCCAUGAAAAGUCUACAGCUCACCAAUACGCUCUUCCACACUCUCAUCCUCCGCACCAUUACGACAGGUCAUCGUUAGGGCUAAAAGUCUUGAUGGACUCUGGCUGGGACCCGGAUGAACGAAAGGGGUUAGGGAGGGAGGGCAAGGGGAUGAGGUAUCCCAUCAAACCGGUUCCAAAGCACGACAACCUGGGCGUUGGUGUCAAGCCGAAGAAGGGGGGGAAGAAUGGAGCGAAGCAGAAGGUGAGGAAGAUAGUUGGUGUCAAAGAGGCAAGAAGAAUGGAUAAUCGGGCAAAAGCCAGAAGGGCUAAUUUAAUGAAGGAGAUGGGAGGCGGGAUUGAUGUGGAGGCUAUAUUAAACGGAAAGUCGUGAUGAGGGGAAGGCAUAAAUGUUACAUCGAAAUUUCAUUGAGGUCUUGGAUGGCGUUUGGAUUACUUUGAAGAUGUAAAUUAAAGUUGCUCUUUGUUUCGUCAGAUUCUUGUACUGUUAAACUACCCUCCAUUUGAAUCCCUUCUCAGAAU